AUGAAAACAGAUGCUGAAAUUAAUACUGAAAAGAUUAAUAACGCUAUAAAAGUGAUAGAGUGUAAGAAUCAUGCACCAGACAUUUCAAUAGAUUCUUCUAACUUAGCUCCCUCCAGUCUUAAAAAAUCUAUCGACCUCACUAAAUAUACACUGGAAAACGGCGAGGUAGUUUCCACUAUAAACAGAUUAAAUAAUAACGUCCCACCAAUUACUAAUUAUAUUCCAUCCGACGAGGACGUGUUCGACCCCAAGACCGGGCUUCCUAACCACAUCUUCAUCAGAGAUCACUUUAAGAAAGAGGGGAAACUGACAAUAGGGCAAGCUAUAAAAAUUAUUCAAAUGGCUACAGAUUUACUCUCAGAGGAACCCAAUCUGUUACACGUACCUGCUCCUGUCACUGUUUGUGGUGAUAUACAUGGUCAGUAUUAUGAUUUGCUUAAAUUGUUCGAAGUGGGUGGUGACCCAUCGAUGACUCCAUACCUUUUCCUAGGUGACUAUGUGGACCGUGGUUCCUUUUCUUUCGAAUGCUUAAUCUACUUAUAUUCGUUGAAAUUGAAUUUCAAUGAUCAUUUUUGGCUAUUAAGAGGUAACCAUGAAUGUAGACAUCUGACUUCGUACUUCACUUUUAAAAAUGAAGUUCUUCAUAAAUAUAACAUAACUGUCUACGAUGAAUGUUGUAAUUCCUUCAACGCUCUUCCCUUGGCUGCUCUGAUGAAUGAACAAUAUUUCUGUGUGCAUGGUGGGAUAUCUCCUGAAUUGAAAACUCCUGAAGAUGUUAAUACAAAGAUUAAUAGAUUUAAAGAGAUCCCGUCCCGUGGCUUGAUGUGUGAUUUAGUUUGGGCAGAUCCAAUAGAAGAAUACGAUGAUAAUACAGAUAUAAAUCUACAAGAAAAAUUCAUGCCAAACGAGAUUAGAGGUUGUUCCUAUGCAUUUACGUAUAAGGCAUCUUGUGAUUUCUUACAACGGACAGGUUUACUGUCUAUCAUCAGAGCACACGAAGCACAGGACGCAGGUUAUAGGAUGUACAAAAAUACUAAGACUUUAGGCUUCCCAAGUUUGUUAACCCUAUUUAGUGCACCAAACUAUUUGGAUUCUUAUAAAAAUAAAGCUGCAAUUUUGAAAUAUGAGAAUAAUGUCAUGAAUAUUAGACAGUUUAACAUGUCUCCUCAUCCUUACUGGUUACCUGACUUUAUGGAUGUUUUCACUUGGUCUUUGCCCUUUGUUGGAGAGAAAGUCACUGAGAUGCUCGUCUCUAUUCUAAAUAUCUGUACAGAAUAUGAAUUGGAAGAAGAUACACCCAUUAUUGAAGAUCAACUAAGACAAAAUAUCGAUUCAACAGAUCAAGACAUUAACAAAACAAAAAACAGUAAAUCUAUAUUGAAUGACGAGCACAGACGGAAAGCUUUGAGAAAUAAAAUAUUGGCGAUAGCCAAAGUUAGUAGAAUGUACUCUGUUUUAAGAGAAGAAAGGGAAAAGGUUCAAUAUUUGAAGAGUAUGAAUCAAGGAAUUUUGCCUCGUGGUGCCUUGGCACACGGAACAGAUUCAUUGAAUGAAACCUUAUCGACUUUUGAAAGAGCAAGAAAGGAGGAUUUGAUCAACGAAAAAUUGCCACCUUCUUUAGAUCAAGUAGAAAAGGUUAAAAAGAAAAGAUACGAGGAUAUAUUGAAAAAAGCAAAUGGAGGGAAAUGA